UCUGUCUGAUCGCAUGAACGAAGUGCUAACUCUUUCAACAUGGCUGCUGAUGACGUAAAGAGUCAACUUUAUCCCACACACCUCCAAAAUGUGAUUACAACACUCUCAGACACCAGACAAGUCAACAUACUCUACAAAGCCCGAAAACCCUGUCUGAUCGUGACAGUUUCAAGAUGUUGAAUCCAGGUUGGCAGCUGAACUUCAGGGCACCAUGGUCAAUGUGACACCCAGUAUAGACCCAGCGGUGGCCCAUGAGAGGUACAACUACCUUGCGUUGAUAUGCGGCGUGCCUCUCAUCCUGAUCAUCAUCUUGGGGAAUGUCCUAGUGUGUCUCAGUGUGUUGACCGAACGCUCUCUUAAAACCGCAACUAACUACUUUAUCGUCAGUUUGGCUGUGGCCGACCUUCUUUUGGCUGUGCUGGUCCUCCCGCUCUACGUCUACUCUGAGUUCCUGGGAGGCAUGUGGACCCUGAGUAUGUACAUCUGUGAUGCCCUAAUGACUAUGGACGUGAUGCUCUGCACUGCCUCCAUUUUGAAUCUAUGUGCAAUUAGUGUGGACAGGUACAUUGCAGUAGUGGUCCCUCUGAAAUACAACAGGAACCAGUUUAGUGUUCGUCAGCUAGCCUUGAUCACAGCCACCUGGGUGCUUUCCCUAGGUGUAGCCAGUCCUGUCAUAUUUGGCUUAAACCAGGUCCCCAACAGGGACCCUCAUGUGUGUAAGCUGGAGGACAACCAGUUUGUGGUCUAUUCCUCCAUCUGCUCCUUCUUUGUCCCCUGCCCUGUCAUGCUCCUCCUGUACUACUGGAUGUUCAGGGGACUAAAGCGAUGGAGCUCUGGCCGUAGCCGGUCGCACCUCCACCACCCACCCAGAGGCCGUAGAAGCCUGUCUUUGCGCCUAGGAGCGGCUCUACAAAAGGAGAAGGGACGGGCAAGGGAGAAGGUGGUGUACCUCAUGCCUGCAAGUCUCAGUCCGACAUCUCUCACCGCUACCCCGACUACUCCAGUCUCCCCAGCCAGCCCGGUUACUCUUACCACAGAUGAGCAGGCAGAAGGUCAGACGCCGGCAGCAGAGAGUGACCCCAUGACCACCCAGAUGGACAGUGUUUCAGAUGCAGAGAACCCUGAGCGUGCCACUGAGGAUGAAAGCGGACGGGAGAAUGGUGUAGGGAAGAACCAUCGUCCUCAUUCAGGACGCCGCCACAGCAAGAGCAACAGGGUGAGCGGACGAGAGCGGAAGGCAAUGAAGGUGCUGCCCGUGGUUGUGGGUGUGUUUCUGGCCUGCUGGACUCCUUUCUUCGUGGUCCAUGUGACGAAGGCGCUGUGUGAGUCAUGUGACAUCGGGCCGACGCUGAUCAGUGUGGUCACAUGGCUCGGUUACGUAAACAGCGCCGUCAACCCCAUCAUCUACACUGCCUUCAAUGUGGAGUUCAGGAACGUCUUUCACAAACUGCUCUGCUGUCGCUCCUGAGGCCAAACUCUCUUUAGCACAAGCCUAAAUUCAUGAUAAAUCAUUAAAUAAUUAAAACAAUUAUGAUUAAAAGAAACAAAGACAAAAACACCUGGAUGAGCUGAAUACACAGUGUUCUCUAAGCAAAGGAAUGCUUUAAGAAAACUGAACAUUACGAAACGAUGGAUUACCGAAAAGACUGAAUGCGCAGUGGGAUGUACCACUGAGGAAAACUUCUGAUGCCUUAGUUAACCGAACAUUUUCUUGUAAAAUUAUCGCUUGGACACUACAGUAGAUAACAGAAUACUGUUGAUUCCAUAGCCCAGAGGCAUAAAAUAUGUGAAAACGUCCACAUUGAAGUUAACAGUUGUCUGUGUUUGAUAUGUUGUAUUGGUAUCAGUGUUGAAUUAAUUGUUUUUAAAUGAAUUUUAAAAUGAAUCUUAUCUUUCCCCCUCUUUUUUAAGCGUUGGUUGUUUUCAAUAGAUAUGCUGAGUGCUCAGCCAGCUUUUUAAUUUAAGAGAAAGUUAGAUCAUGAGCUGUGUUUGGAAUGGCAUACCAGCAUACUGUGUAAAAAGCAGUAUAUUGUCAGUGGGAUGCCUAAUGUUUUUAAAAAUUUAACGCAAUAUGGAAUGAACGGUGGCAGAACUUGACACGUUGUAUGUUUACUUCAACUACAGCCCAGUUAUCAUCUCAAAUACAGUUGUAGUGCGCUUUUAUUUCAAGCAUGUGCUCAUUUAUUUUUCACACAUGCAUAUUAUAUAAUAGAAGACUGCUAUACUAAUACAAGAAAUGUGGUGUCUACUAGUAUGGUAGGCUAGUAUGCUUAUUCUAUUCCGAACACAGCCAUCGAUUCUUAAAGCUGCAUAUGAUGAGAUUGUUUAUUACUACAUUUUCCCUGACAAAAUGAUCCAAGCUCUGUAAAACCAUGUAAACAUAGCCAGGGAAAGAUCUCAUUUUCAUGCCUACGUCACCUUUAGUUAGAACAAACGAUGUUAAGAAGUUAAUUCUGUGGCUUCAUACAUACAAAGAGGAAAAUGUGCCAACUGUUGGGGGUGUAUAUACAGUUGCCAAAAUCAUUGGAUGCCUUUCUCUGCCCUAGUGCACACAGUCUGCCAAUUUAGUUUUGUUGCAAGUGUGAUACACAAAAUGUGUACUGUAGAUCAGCAUUGACUGGUAAUAAACUGCAUAAUGUCAUGGGGAUUGUGGGUAUUAUCUGGGGCGGAUUAUAGUAUGUGCUUCUAACAAUCAGUGUUGUAAAGAGACUUGUGGAAUGAGUAUUGCUGUUCUUGUACAGGAUCAUCAAUGCAUCUGUCACUUUAUGGAGAUGUGUGUGCUUUACUGCUUAGACUGUACAAAUAUAUAAGCAGUGAGCUUCAUAAGUCUGAAACAUCACUAACAAUCUGGGGUUGAAUUUAGGAUUUGUGAAAUUCAUCUUAAUUUUACUUCACUAUGGUAA